CACAAGGUUGCCUGGGAAGGGACACUCCAGCCACCUGAUGGUCCUGAGGGCUAGUCAGAAUGCCAUGGUGUCCCCAAGCUGCCUUGCUCCCCAGCUCUGGGAGAAUUUUGUGUUGUUUCACCUCUUGGUAGUACAUUUUCUCUACCCUCCUUCCCCUUUGGAUUGUACAGCUUUAAGAGGAUGGGAAUAACAAGGGUGGGUGGUAGUGGGUACAGAGUGUUCGAAGGGACCGUUUCUGAUUAAGUGGAGAUAGUUUCUGGCCUCCUUUCACACUUCUUAGAUGGUGUCAGAGACUGAAGAAUGUGACCACCCAAAUCCCUUUUAGUUUUGUCUUAGGCAGGGGUAAGGACACAAGCAGGGGAUCUCUAAAGAGGUAGGGUAGAGACGUAAUUUUGUAAUCCUUUGAGUGAAAGCAUACACCUUUGCUUAGCGUGCUUGCCAGCUAAAUGUAUUUUACCAUAUCGAUAAGUGUUUUCGCUCUAGGUCAGAAGUUGGGUGUAAUUUGAUUAAAAUAACGUUCUCAAAAAUCUUUGCUUAGAAAGUAGAUGUUUAAACACUCCCUGGGUAAGAAGGACCAUGGGAUAGAGAAGGCACCAGCAACAGUUCUUAAACCCAACAGUGUUGAGAUCUCUAGCCCAGAUAAACUAACAAAUCUCGGUUUUUUAUUCUGACUUUGCAAACAAAUGUGCAGGUUUUAGACAGUUUUGUUUGUUCUCAGUUUUAGAAAGAUGAAUUCUAACAGGAUGUUGGGGGUAUAAAGGAGAAAGCGUUUGUUUAAUAUGUAAUACUAUACACGCUGGCUCGCACAGUAAGAGCAGGCAUCAGGGAGCCACGGUUCCAACCUUGGGCACUUGCUGCUGCAGCAGGAGCCCUGAACCCUUAGUUCUGAACUGCACGCUGGAUUCCCUCCCUUCUGUCCUCCAAGCAGUUUGUGUUCUUUGACCCGAGCGGGUUAAGCCUGGCAACAGGAAAGGGAGUUAGAGACUAGUUUCCAGCCUUUGUCUCCCAGAGUUGUGCUUUUGUUUCUUCUUUGCCUACAAAACAGUUGUAAUUUCUCUUCCCUUUGAGGUUCUGCAGCUGCACUUUCAGAGUUGGAAGAUACAUGCUGACCCCCCACAGUGCCUCUUCAGUGGGCUGCCUGUGCGAAUUCUGGGGCCAUCACCUCACUUCGUAGUUGGGGCUGAUUAUUAUGAGCCCCUGUGUUGGUUGCAUUUCCAAGUUUGUGUGUUUCUGUGUGCAGACCACCAUCCUCAAGAUUGUUGGGCUUGGCUUUUAGUGUAGUAAAAAGUUGUGAUUUCUGUGUUCUGUAGCCUAAAAACAAGGUAAAAAUGUGGCUCCCAUCUGAAUGUAGCACAGUGACAGGUGAUUGGAGGUGCUGACCAGGCCAUCUGAGAUGAGAUGUAGUUGUUGAGAACAGCCUUGGAUGGUCUCUUAGAAGAGACCUGCCAUGGGCUUGGGAAGCCCUCCUACCCCAGGCUUCCUGGAGCUUCUGGAAGGACGUAGCUGCAGAGGGACAAGCUGCAGCUCCCGGCUUCGUGGUUCACAAGGAUCACCUAUGGGGCAGUGGGUGUUCUGCUCCCCAUCUGCAGAGGACCGGUCAGGUGGAUUCGGGUGGGGCUGAGCUGUGGUGUGUGUUUUGUCUGGGAAGAGAGCUGCUCACCUUCACUUUGUAGUUACUCCAGGUAGGUGAAAGAUAGUUGUGGACACCAGCUGACAAAGCCACAUUCCAGCCCCGAAGUUCUUUGUAGGGCUUUGUUUAUGGUUUUUAAAACCUGGAAUGGUUGUAGAAGAGGCAAUUUUUAGAAGAAAAAUCUGUGUGGUAUGUAGAUAUUCUUCAGUCACGUGGUUCAGAAACAUGUUGUUAGGUCAAAAGAUGGGUCACAGUAGGGAUAGAUCUGUGACAGCCAUGGGGAAAUGCUUUUCUGGUAAUCAUGCCAUCAUUACUCAAGAAUUGUUAGGUGAGUUUAAACCAUAUGAAUAUUUAAGUAAUGACUAGUUGAAGUACUAGAUGAAUGGAUGUACAAUAAAAUAGCAUUUAUGUUCUUCUAUAUAUACAGAAUUUUAGAAAUAGGGAUUGAAUGGUGCAGUGGUACAUGUCUGUCAUCACAACACUUGGGUAGUGGAAACAGGAUCCUGCGUAGUGAGUGGGAGGCCUGCCUGGAAUGCAUAAGGAACUGUUUCAGAAGAGCAGCAGACAUACUACAUGGGAGUAAAAUAGGUACUUACCUCAUGAAGACAUCAUGUUCAUGCUCCCCGAUGUUAACUUCAGGGACAAGCAGAUUCUGUUUUCAGUAACUCACUUAAGUAGUGUGUAGGUUGUGGUUCUGGGUAUCCUGUGGCGUUAGAUACAGAAGACUGUCAGAAAUGAACUCUUUAAGAUGCAGAGGGCACUGAUUUCCUAAGUUCAGAGCGGAAGAGGUUCUCACAGUUUCUUUCACCUAGGCCUUUUUGGUAAGACAGCCUGGCCAAAGUUUUGUGGCGUUCCGGAGCUGUGACUAAGUUAGGAUAUUUGGGAAGGAAUGCUAGGAUCAGUAGCCUCCUAGGGGCCUUUCAGAACUCACAGGUGGGCAGGCCGGCAUUUGCUAUCAGGACACGGUGAGGUUUCUGUUGUUAGUCAGUGCAGAGGUGGGGUGGAAGUGUCCGGCUGUCAGGUGAGCAUGUCAGUCGUUUCUUUGUCUUUGGGCCCAGCAUAUCAGCUUAGCUCGGGUCUCUAAUACCCUGUCUUGGCGCUGUGCUAGAAGCUGUGCGUUUUCAAACUCUCUGUGAGCAGUGCUCUGCUUUGAUUUGGCGUUUAAGUUCUUGGGUUCCAGUUCUCUGCAGCCACAGGGGACAGAAGGAGGAGGCCUCCUCUGCCCUGAGCUGUGGGUGAGGAGUCCUUCCCUGUCAGACAUGGUUUGUAUAUCUGACAGUCCUGUCAGAUGCUCACCUUCUACCCUACUGGACUCCCGCACUCACACUAAUGCUCACUAGAGAUUUUCUACUAAAUCUUAUCACUAGAGAAUCUCCUUAAAAUGUCCCACAGGGAGAGACGAUUUGUGAAGGACACCUUCCAUGUAGUAAGUACUGUUGCCGUGGUGCUCAGGUUUAGUUGGUUUAUCUGGUUUGGCUGAACGUGACCGGGGAAGGAAGGGUGGAGGGGAGAAGUCUGUCGUGAUUAUUCAUAUGGCUAAAGGCUUUGGCAGUUGGUUUAAUGGUCAGAUUUUUCCUAGUUGACUUAGUCACUGGCUUUAUAGUGGAUUUUGUUUAUGUAUUCUCAUGAGUUUAUAUAUGCAAGAGAAAAGGGAACCUCCUUUUAAUAUUUCAGCUAAGAAGGCCAUAUUGUGAAACCAUGAGAUUUGUUGUCAACACAUGUAAUUGUUUUUGUUUAGGAAAAUCAAACUUAAGGAAUUAAAUAAAUGCCUGAUGAGUUGUCAGUUUGCAUAAAAGAGAAACUGCUGGACAAUUAAUCUGUCCCUCUUGUCCUUAUGUUACUGUAGAAGUAGAGACUGACAGGCUGUUUCCCCCACUACUUACCCUUUUUAUGGGCAGUGUUCUAAGAAAGGGUUUUACAUUUACUAGCUGGAAAAAUGAGCUAUAGUUUAUGGGUCUAUGGGAUUGAAAAAAGUCCAGAUAUCAUAGUCUGUCAGCGAGCUUGUAUUGAAGUAUGAUCCUGUGGAGUUUGUCAUCCAGUGUUCUUGGCUUUCUGUGGUGCUGUUUUUUGACUUUCUUCUUUGAUACUCCCUCAUUUACAUAAUUUCGCCUUUGAUCAUUUAGGUGACGUGUGGUUUUGAAUCAAGCCCCCAACUGGCUUUCCCUCUGCUUGUCGUAGACGCUUAGAUGCCACCUUGGCAUUUCAGACUCAGUGUGGUUCAGACUUAGAGGACUGUGGUUCCCAGAAUCACCUGUUAGCUGCUUUCUAACUUCUCUGUUCUGUGGCCUGGGACCAAAACCUUCCCUUCUGUAGUCUCAGUCGCGUGUGCUUCCAGCCUCAGAUGAGCACCCUGGGAUUCUUGAAGUUUGUUGGUGGCUUCUUCUCAUGUAUCACUGAGGAGAUGAGUUAGUACUUGUAAAUUCACUGUUGGAGUGCAAGGGUGUUUGUUCUCGGAACACUUUACAAACCUGAGAUGAAUUUUAAUAAGGAAAUAGCGUUGUAUGACAUUGGAUAUCUAGUUUUCACACCAGUUGAUACUGUGAACGCUUGCUGAGUCAGGGCACACUCUUCUCAGAAGUCAGAGAUGUCACCAUGUGACGUCAUGGGGGCUCUGGUAUAAUUCCAGCCUACUUUUUUCUAACGUCCUCACUGCCUGUGUUCUCCAUUCCAGAUGCUGAGUGGCAGAGCUGUGGAUCCCUGGAUCUGCAGCUGCCUUUUGUUUCCUUGGUGCAUGCAUCUCAUUGCCUCUCUGUCUGGAGGGCCUUCCCUUUCCAUAAAACCACGCUGCUUCCAUGAAAGCCUCCAAGAUCUUUUCAGCUCACUUGCUACCUUAAGCAGGGUUGGUACAGUAGGCUCCACUAGACUUAGCUGCAGCUCAGAGUUUCUCCUCCAGCACCUGAGUAAAUGCUGAUGGUCUUGUGGACUAAGAGUGCGAGCUAAAUUCUCAAUCCCAAUUGAGAAGCGGAGGAAAUUUAAAACUGUCUCCUUCCAAGCUUACUACAACCACCACCAUCAAGACAGCAAACAAAGGACAAAGACUUUGAACUGCUGUGUUGCUCUGUGUAGUCCCGUUCACGUGUGCUUUACAGACUUGGCUGGGUUACUAAUAAGUAAAUAAGAAAUUGGACACUUCUUUCAUUCGGACAUUUUAUUCACAAGUUACCAGAAUGAGGGCUGUGCUGGAAACGGCAGACAUUGCCAUAGUGGCCCUGUAUUUUGUCCUGGUCAUGUGCAUUGGUUUUUUUGCCAUGUGGAAAUCUAAUAGAAGCACUGUGAGUGGAUACUUCCUGGCCGGGCGCUCUAUGACCUGGGUGGCAAUUGGUGCCUCUCUGUUUGUGAGCAAUAUUGGGAGUGAGCACUUCAUUGGGCUGGCAGGAUCUGGAGCAGCGAGUGGAUUUGCAGUAGGCGCAUGGGAAUUCAAUGCCUUACUGCUCUUGCAACUUCUGGGAUGGGUUUUCAUCCCUAUUUACAUCCGGUCAGGGGUAUACACUAUGCCUGAAUACUUGUCCAAGAGAUUCGGUGGCCAUAGGAUUCAGGUCUAUUUUGCUGCCUUGUCUCUCCUUCUGUAUAUCUUCACCAAGCUCUCAGUGGAUCUGUAUUCAGGUGCCCUCUUUAUCCAGGAGUCCUUGGGUUGGAACCUUUAUGUGUCUGUCAUCCUGCUCAUUGGCAUGACCGCUCUGCUGACUGUCACCGGAGGCCUUGUUGCAGUGAUCUACACAGACACCCUCCAGGCUCUGCUCAUGAUAAUCGGGGCGCUCACACUUAUGGUUAUUAGCAUGAUGAAGAUCGGAGGGUUUGAGGAAGUUAAGAGAAGGUACAUGUUGGCCUCACCCAAUGUUGCUUCCAUUUUGUUGACACACAACCUUUCCAACACAAAUUCAUGUAACGUCCACCCUAAGGAGGAUGCCCUAAAAAUGCUGCGAGAUCCAACAGAUGAAGAUGUUCCAUGGCCUGGAUUCAUUCUUGGGCAGACCCCAGCCUCGGUAUGGUACUGGUGUGCUGACCAAGUCAUUGUGCAGAGGGUUCUAGCAGCCAAAAACAUUGCUCAUGCCAAAGGCUCUACUCUAAUGGCUGGCUUCUUGAAGCUUCUACCAAUGUUUAUCAUAGUUGUCCCAGGAAUGAUUUCUAGGAUACUGUUUGUUGAUGACAUAGCUUGCAUCAACCCAGAGCACUGCAUGCAAGUGUGUGGAAGCAGAGCUGGGUGCUCCAAUAUUGCCUACCCACGCCUGGUGAUGAAGUUGGUUCCUGUGGGCCUUCGGGGCUUGAUGAUGGCAGUGAUGAUUGCGGCUCUGAUGAGCGACUUGGACUCCAUCUUUAACAGUGCCAGUACCAUAUUCACCCUCGAUGUGUACAAGCUUAUCCGCAAGAGCGCGAGCUCCCGGGAACUAAUGAUAGUGGGCAGGAUAUUUGUGGCUUUUAUGGUUGUCAUCAGCAUAGCAUGGGUGCCAAUUAUUGUGGAGAUGCAAGGAGGCCAGAUGUACCUUUAUAUCCAGGAGGUGGCAGAUUAUCUGACCCCUCCAGUGGCAGCCCUCUUCCUUCUGGCAAUUUUCUGGAAACGUUGCAACGAGCAAGGGGCUUUCUAUGGUGGAAUGGCAGGCUUUGUUCUUGGAGCUGUCCGUUUGAUACUGGCUUUUACCUACCGUGCUCCUGAAUGUGACCAACCUGAUAACAGGCCAGGCUUCAUCAAAGACAUCCAUUAUAUGUAUGUGGCUACAGCAUUGUUUUGGAUCACAGGACUCAUAACUGUAAUUGUGAGUCUUCUCACACCGCCUCCCACCAAGGACCAGAUUCGUACCACCACCUUUUGGUCAAAGAAGACCCUGGUAACAAAGGAGAGCUGCUGUCAGAAAGAUGAGCCAUACAAAAUGCAAGAGAAGAGCUUUCUACGGAGCGGUGACAAUAGUGAGGCUAUCAACCACGUCAUUCCCAACGGGAAGUCUGAAGACAGCAUUAAGGAACUUCAGCCUGAAGAUGUUAAUCUGUUGGUGACCUGCAGAGAAGAGGGCAAUCCAGUAGCUUCCAUGGGUCAUUCAGAGGCAGAAACACCAGUAGAUGCUUAUUCCAAUGGGCAAGCAGCUCUCAUGGGUGAGAAAGAGAGAGAGAAGGAAACAGAAAGCCGAAGCCGGUAUUGGAAGUUCAUAGACUGGUUUUGUGGCUUUAAGAGUAAAAGCCUUAGCAAGAGAAGUCUCAGAGACUUGAUGGAUGAGGAGGCCGUUUGUUCACAGAUGUUAGAAGAGUCUCCGCAAGUAAAAGUCGUGUUAAAUAUUGGACUUUUUGCUGUGUGUUCGCUUGGAAUUUUCAUGUUUGUUUAUUUCUCCUUAUGAACUUAAGAACAUGGUGAGGCACUUCAGAAAAUACUGGUCUUUGAAAACAGAAAUGUAACUGUUGCAUCUCUCAGGCAUUGUUUACGCUGAAGGUUUUAGCCAAAUUUUACUUAGCAGAAAAUCAUUGAUUUGCAGGACUAUUUUCCUAGAGAUGGAUGAAAUAAAUCUUCAACUUAAAUGAAACAAAACAGAAUGAAUUGUGCAAAAAAAGAAAAUGUGGUUUUAGAGUUUUCCAUACCAAAGUGAGGAAAGACCAAUUCUUCUCACAGGUCACUUAGAGCAGAACUGUGUUAAAGUACCAUGAUAAAGUGUCUUGUCUGCAUUGCCAAGUCUCAUAGACCUUGUGCUGAAAUAGAUCUAUCUGCUCAUUUGUAAAGCUUUUGUCUCUAAUCUCUGCUAUGAUUAAAAAAUCGAAUUCAUAGAGAUGUAUGAUUAGUUAUGUCCUGAAAGUCUAAUGUGUUGUAUAGUGAUCACUUCAGGACAACUUUGUUUGCCUGGCUGGUUUUGUUAGCAUGAGUCCAUGGAUUCUGCUUGCCAAAAGAAAGGAAGAAUGUUUUCCUGGAGUUUUUUUUGUACCCCUUGUGUGUGGAAUGUUAGUGGCUUGGGCAGACUUUGUUUCAGUUCCCUCCCUCUGUUUUUCUUUCUUAAACUGAACCAUACGGAAUGACUACCAAGUCUGUAUAUAUAUUUUUUUUUAAUCAGGGGGGAAGUAAGUAUUGCUGAUGAUCCCCACAUUUAUUGAUGAGAUAAGGUGUUUUAAAAUAUAGUUUGAGAAUUAACUACCAUGCAGUGCUUGAUAAACGUAAUGCUAAGAGGAUGCUGAAUCAUCUUCUGCCUGUGUCCUUGCUGCUGCUUCCUUGUUAUUUUGUAGUAUUCUUGUUAAUCAGCCAGAUGCCUUCCCCAUGGUCCAGUUGUGAGAAACAUUCAGUGUCGCCACAGAAGUGGGCACAGCUUUUGUGUGCUGAGUUGUGGCCCUUGACUAGCUGUGAUACACUGACGUUGUGUUUAGAGGAAAAAUCAAAUCCUGACUCAUACUGCAUUCUCUAUACGUUCUUUUCCUGGUUUUUGCCUUUCCUGAAGACGUGCUGCGAGUGUCCGCACACACACAUGCGUAGUUACAAACUGGCCACCCGCCACAGAGCUCUCCUCACCCUUGCUGUUGAUCAGCAUAAGGUUUCUGUGGAUGCCCAGCGUGGUCGUGCGCUCUUGUGGAGGACAUCACAGGAUUCUGUACAGACCUUUACCUUUAUCCAAUCACAGCAUCCAUGGGUGGCGGAUCUUUGUUAUAGGCUGUUUCUACCUAGUGAGGAUGGCCCAGAAGGAGUUAGAGAACUCUUAAGGAUGUCUGUAGUCCUUUGUCUUCAACACUGCCUGUUCUCCAUGAGAGAUGGAGAACACUAACUCUAUACCUACUUUCUUCAAGCUAAUAACUUUUUAAAUUAUAUAACAAAUUUAUUAAGCCUUGUACUCAAGGACAAUUAUUACUUUUAUAGAUCAUUUUGUAGAUUUUGAAUCAAAGCUCAAUCCUGAUAACUUUUUUUUUUUUUUGUAAUGCAUCAAUUUGUUUGCAGAUGAUGGACUUGAGCCCAACACUGACUUUGGAGUCCAUGGGUCCAUGUAGUCUUCCUGUCUUCAGGAGGGUUUCUGAUGGACUGAGCCUGUAGAUGGAAAAGGUGACUCAUGUACGAAUAGUGUGUAUUUCGGAAGAACUUAGAGUGCCUUGUACAAUUUUUCUCUCAAUUUCUAUUUUGAGGUUUAUAACUAGGGACCAAGUAGAUAGGGCUUCCUUGUCUUGAGUGGAGGUCGAGGCUGUGAUGCGCCCAAGGUCAUGGGACCUCGUGGAAAGAUGAGAAAGCAGUUCUCCAGAUCUGGAUUCAGAGUUUGCCCACAUGUAUUUGAAUGAAUGGUUUGUUCGUGGUUUGUGACGGUCUUCUCUUAAAGAACUUUCCGUUUGAGAUAACCUUUUAGGCUAUGAAAAACAUUCAUAGGCUCUUGGGUUGCCUGAAUUUGUAUCAAGUUGUAGGAGUUAGUAUUUCCUUUGAACACAUCCCUCUGCACUUAGCAAGAGUUAACAUGUUGGCUGAGUCUUUCCCAAUCCUCAUAUUUACAGCGUAAGAGAAUAGGUGUUUAUGUGGAUUUCUCCCCUUUAUUUAGUGUUGAGUCCUAAUAAUUUGGAAUGUUAGAUCUUCUUACCUCUUUUUGUUGUCUUAUAGUAAGAUACAUACAAUACAUCACAUGUCUGUGUAAAUAGCAGUAGGUCAGGUUUAGAGUUCUAUAUCUAUAAAUAAGAAAUACCUUAACAUAUUCAUGAGGUGUUCAUUCUUACCAGUGUGAGCAUCGCUGUACUGACUCUGAAGUCCCUACCGCUUGUCUUCCUUACUGCCUCCCACGUGGAUGCCGUGGUUGAAGAAGGGUGUGAAAUGGGGAAGGCAGCUUCAUUCCAGGAGACCAGGCUUUAGUCUAUAGGUUGUUGGAAUGACCUUGGAAUGAUAGAUGGUUAUUUCAGGCUAACAAAGUGUCCGUCCUUCCCAUGGAUAUAUGAGUCCUAAAAGAUGGCGUGGAUCUGUUCAAACAUUUACACAUGCAUUUCUGUGCUUGUGCAAGCUGAGGUUCUGAAUUGACCAAGAUUCACACUGACUAAAAUGUGGCUAAAAGUAAAAAUGGAGGUGGGGCUGUUGGCCCACAAACGCAGGUGAGAAAUAGUUAUCCUUGGUGUGUGGGCUCAACUUCUCCAUGUUUUGUCUUCCCAGGCAGUUUGUGUCUGGGUCUAGAGCAGAGGGCUUCUGACAGUGACCUGGAGAGGGAUUGUUGACUCUGCUGUGGGACUUUAGGUCUCUUUCAUUUCUGAAGACGGUGUCCUGCCGAUCUCUCCUCCAGCUGUUCUUUCUAGGAAGUGAUUGCUUUUGUUUUUAGAGGAGCAUCAAGUAAUAACUCGUGUCCUUGGCUCAGAUCCAGUGGGUCUCAUUUCCAGGGCUUCCUUUCCACUGGCUCCAAGGAUCCCUCAUUAUCUUGCACACAGAGGGAGGCUGACCAGGGCUGUGUGUCCUUACCUCUUAGAGAUGUCACCAUAAGAGAUUAGCAGAUACCCUUCACUUUGUGAAACUCCCAGUUAAGAAUGGAUCUCUGAGUUAAUUGGUUCUCUGAGCAUGGAGUUAAAAGCCUUGUCUGGGGCUGGUUCUGAAUCCUUAAAUUCCUUCACUGGGAGUCUUUCUCUGUUGCAAGUGCAUGAUCUUCUCAUCUCUUUGAAUGUCAUUUAGUGUAAUCUAUGGAUGAGUCUUCUCCACCAUAUAAAUCAGCCUUGUCAUUAACCCAUUGAGAGAUUAGAUCUUGCAUCUUCUCAUCUGACUGGUACUAUAGUACUGAGAUUGCCUCAUCCCCUCAUAUCACACCUUCAUGGGAGGUACGAUUGGAAGGAGACCACAUAGGUGUCACCCUUCCCUAGGUGUGCAUGAGACGGCUCAUUCCUGUUGAACCGUGUGUCUGCACGGCCUGUUGGUGCACAGUUUCUAAGACGUGAUGAAAGUGCCAGUGUUUCAGGGUUUUUAAAGUCAGGAAGCAGUAGUGAGUUCUCGCAGGAGCCCCUUUGAGAUGAUGGGGUCAUGUAAUGCAGAAAGGCUGGGUUUUGCCAUUGAGGUGGUAAAGUUGGAAAUUAGCUGGUACAGAGAGAAACACUUGGUCUGUUAUGUCUGAGGCUGGUGCAGAAAUGAUGACUCGGGACCAAGACCCUUCUCGUGAAGAUCACCUGUCACACUGUCUUGAACACCGUAGCUGCUCCGCUCGUGAGCUGAGGUUCUGUGUAAGAGAAUUGUUAGUGCCAAGUCCCACACUUAGUCAUGUGUUUUUCAUUUAAAGUUCUCACUACUGACUGAUCUUUUAACAAUGUUGUGAAAUCGAUGCCAUUUAUGCUUCUGUCUACACUCCUUUAUUACAGGCAGGGUUCAGUUUGCGUGUGAGCCACCCCUUGCCCUAGCAACCAAUGGCUGUUGCCCUGGAGCCUUUGCUGAGAAAUGAAGGAAAAGACGUAGUGUGUGUCAUGACUCAUCUCAUGCACUUUACUCUUUGGAGGAGCAUGUAUCUGCAGGCUCUGUGGAUGGCUUGAUUCCUCUAAGUGUGCCCAGGAAGGCGAGGAGUUCUGUCUGGCAUGCUGCCCUCCUGCCCUUCCCUCUCACCCCUCGCCCCCAGGUAGCGUAUGUCUAAAGGCUCUGCUAGGGAUUUUCUGGACAGCACAAGUUGUCAGUAUAUACCCAUGGCAUAAUUAGAUGUAUUUGCCCUAUUUUCCUAGGGCUGCUGGCUUUAUAAAUUUAUAUGUAAAUAAUACACACACAAAUUUAAUGUUCAGUUUAUUAGUGUGAAAGCAGUGUCAUUAGUAUCUCGUAUGUGCAUGUCUGUGUGUGUAAUUGGAAACAGAUGGGGCAUACUGAAAUCUUGGAAUGGCAGUUGUUAGUGUACAAGGUUUUCCACAGUAUAAUCAAAUUUUGAGGUUUGUGUUUAGGUUGUAGGUAACUUUCUGCUUGCCAGUGUUGAUCUGCUAGUUUGCUCCUGUCCCUUUCUUAGCCAUAAGCUUCCUAUGCUUUUAGCUUGUAUUGUAACUAGUGAAGAAAGCUGCUAGUAGAAAGUACACAUUUACACGCUUUUAUAUGUAGUUUUUGGUUCACAGAAUCAAGGCAGUUUUAAGUAUAUAUAUAUAUAUAUAUAUAUAUAUAUAUAUUGUAGCUUAAUGUUAUUUAUUCAUCUUAAUUUGCUUUUACAUCUAUAAUUAAAACUUUAAAGUUACAUUCUGAUUCUGAGUAUAUUUUUAGAAUGUCCAUGUAUAGUUUGUUGAGGACAUCUGAGCACGCAUAUUUCCAUGUGUAAGGAGAGGCUAAAGGUCCAUAGAAAGCACAACACUGUUCACGUGUGUGUCUCCACUUGUAGAAAGCACAAACCUAAUAGCAUUCUCACUAACCCACAAGUGCAAGUCAUAAGCCCACCAAGCUGCGCCCCAGGGUUGUCAGGACGACCACAGUACCGAAAGGCUGGACGGGAGACUGCUGUCCAGCUGGUCCUGAGAGAUGAGUCUUGUGUUCCCCUGCUUGUGCUGCUCUGAUGGGGAGACUUCUCAGCUGCUUAUAUCUGGGGGUUUUAGGGGAAUGAGAUCUGUGGACACAGACCCACAGUCUGAAACUCAACUGGGACAGUGGGAUUUCUGGGGGGCAGGCAGGUGACAGCUUUGUAAGUCGUAGUCAUUGGAAUGCUAAAAUGUUGUCUAGAAGAAGUGUUACUAAAUUCACACUCAGUAGUGCAGAUACUAUAUUGAUCUUGCAUAAGUUUGCAUGAGGUGGCGUUAGCUUUGUGUUCUUUAUGUGCUUAGCUGUACUUUUUAGUAGAGAGUUGGAUCUCUGUGUUCCGAACAUCAAACUAUUUCUGGACAGACUCUAUAUGACAUUGCUUUUCCUAAUAGUACUGAGAAUUUUCUAAUGUGUUCUGUUAGCUCCUCAAGACUAGACGAGUGGAAAGCUGUGGGUGUGCAUGCAGAAAUAAAGAUGUAUUUCCUCCCACUCAGCAUUGCCCUUUCCCCUGGUUUGCUUUACCUCCAGAUAGUCCCCUGGUUACCUAGGAUGAAAAUGAGCCGUCUAAGUUAUGGCUACAUCUUCAGAUAGAGCUCUCAGAGGAAAGAGCGCCUCCUCUGUUUAGGUAUUUUUCUUCCUAGGGAAACUGUAUAACAAAGACUGUAGAUGACAUAGACUAAUGUGGUCUAUCUUAGGAGAGUUCCCAUGACCUGGGAUGGUGGGGUUUCUCCCGUGUGCACCUACAGUGGCAUUUCACAACAGGUAACCUGGAGGUGCAGGGAGGGUGCUGGUAGGGGUGGGGGUGGGGGCUGAGGGAGAGGCUGUGAGGAAUGUCCUGACUAGCAAUAUGUGACUAUGUAGAGCAGUUAACUUUUGACCUCUGUAUUCUGUACCUUUAAGAGAGUUUAAUACAACUUUUUGAAAUGCUUUUUAAAAUUUCUUUGACACAAAUGAUUUUCAUUUAUAAUUUCAUGGAAAGAAAAGUAGUCAUGGUGUAAAUAUGUAUAAUUUCCUGAUUUCACUGUGAGAACUCAGACUGUUGAGUGGCAAACAGAUCACCAAGUCUUUUGCUCAUGGACUCUUCUGUGGGGGUUAUUAAGAUGUAAAAGCUUUAUUAUUGUUAUUAUUAUUUUAAAUAGUGGCAUACUGCAUUAGUGUCUGAGGACGGUAUGGAGCUGUUCCUCUGCCACCCUUGCCAUUCUUGCUUCAGCCUGUGAGCACCUGCCAAGUUGAGACCCAGCAGGGGCUUGUCUGUCCCUGUGUGGACACUGCUCUUUGUCUGGACCUGUUGGUAAUCACCAUAUGAACUGGUUGGCUUUUCUGCUUCGCUUUUCUUUUUUGACAAAAUGGGUAUCAAAAAUAGUUGCUGUGCAAAAGUUAGUAGUCUUCUUCCAGAAGAGCAAUUCUUUUUCUAAUAAUAAUCCUGUGAAAUUGCUUCAUUCAUUCCUUUAUUUCUAAGCCAAAUGCCAGCGGAACACUGCUGCUUUUAUCUAAAGAAUUUUGAUAUGUAAGUAUUAAUGCAUUUUAAAGAUAUCUGCUUUGAGAAAUGUUUUCCCGUGUACUGCCUGGAAGCUUUGUCUUCACUCUGGGCUCAGAGACCCGUCAGUACACUGGGCCGUGUAUUAUGUGCGUGGAUCAUUUCAUCUGGUAUUGUAGACCAAAUAUGGCUAUAAUGGGAUUUGUGAACAUUAAUUUGUUAUUGGUUAGCUUUUAAUUAUUUCCAGUUUACUCUCUCUUGUCCUCAGCCUCUUUUGUUUUCAAGUUUGACUAAUACGGUCCGUUUCAUUGUGUAAGGCUUUAGUUUCAGAGAAAUCAGAAUUUUCUUCCAUUUUGAAAAGAAAACCGUUAAACUGUAAAUUUAAAGCUGUUAGCUACUUGUGGCAGUUCUAACUUGCCUAUACUGUGUACAACUGAUUUUUACAAUUGUAGACUUGUAUGAUCUUGGUUUACUGUGUUGUGUUACUGUUGUUUAAAUGGCAAAAAAAAAAAAAAUAAAAUAAAGCCAAUCUGCUAAAGAGCCGUCAGUCUUUGUUGCUGACUGCAAGCUCUGUUCUUUGUGUACUCGUGUUAUUUUGCCAGCUGCUGCAUUAGCCUUCAGAAGUAUUUGAAAACUUAAGAUGAAUACAUUCCUUGCAAAGUCCGUUCCUUUCUGUGGUAUUUUGUCCGGUAGCUGAAGUGUAGUAAUUAUUUUAUGAAGAUGUUAGCACUUCUGUACAAACUUUGAAUAAAAUGAAAACUUUACUCUUC